UCAUUGGAAAAAUUGACAAAUUUAUCGAGUGGAUUUUUUAGUAAUUUUCCCAAUUUAGUGGAAGUAUUUGUUAAUAAUUGUAAUUUGGAAAAUUUACCAGAGAAUUUAUUUCAUGGAUCGAUUAAUUUAAAAAGAAUAAGAAUAGACGACAAUAGUUUGCAAUCAUUGCCUGAUAAAUUAUUUCAGGGUUUAAUUAAUUUAGAGGAAUUGAAUUUGGGAAAAAAUCGAAUUGAAAGUAUACCUGAUAAUAUUUUCAUUUCGUGUAGAAAACUUCAGAAAUUAGAAAUCGAUAAUAAUAAUAUUGUGAAAAUAUCAAGAGCGACAUUUAAUGGUCUCCAUUCAUUAAGAAAAUUAUUUAUUCAACAUAAUAAUAUAAUAACGAUUGACGAGGAAAAAUUCGCAAUUAUGCGAAAUAUCACCUACAUAAAUCUCUCUCACAAUAAUAUUAAAUAUAUUUCAAAGACAAAAUCAAAAAGUGGAAGCAAAUCGUCACUAAAUAGUUGCAAAAAUCUCAAAGAAUUAGAUCUUUCGUACAACAAAAUAUCAAAUUUCCGCAAAGAAUGGACGAGAAUUCCACAAAUUCAACGACUAAAUCUCUCAAACAAUGUUCUUUCUUCAAUAACGACGGAUGAUUUGGAUUUAAGACACAAUUACAGUUACUCUCUCGACGUUUCCUACAAUAAAAUCAAAAGAAUUCACUUCGAUAAUUGUGAAACACGUUUUCCCGAUAAAUCAAAAAGAGACAUAAAAUUAUUCCUUAAUGACAAUCCAAUUGAAUGUGAUGACACUCUAUACGAUCUUUUACAAUAUCUAGAUGGAACGAUGACUGCAAAAGUUCGUGAAAAAUUAUUGAUAGAGAUUGGACAAAUGAGAUGUCCAGAACUAGUGAACGAAUACGGUGGCAUUCUAUUGUCGGAAAUUAAUUCCAAAGACUAUAUAAGUAUUCCAUUUAAAGAAGGAAUUGUUAAUUAUGAAUUAUGUCCAAAGGAAUGUGAUUUAAGAAGAAAACGUUCUGAACAAACAUUUAUUAUUGAUUGUUCGUAUAGAAAUUUUACAGAAUUACCCGAUGCACUAUGUUAUUCGAGAGAGGACAGCGAUUAUAAUAAAUUAAAUCUCACUGGAAAUUUUAUAGAUGAUGUUACGAAUAUCACAACAAUUGGCUUUGAUAAAGUGGGAAUUCUCGAUUUAUCCUAUAAUCAAAUUGCAACUCUCACGCAAACUUUAUUUUUGCAAAAUAAAUACAAGAUGUUGAGACUAAACAACAAUCAAUUGAAAACAAUAUCAUUGGAACUAAAGGAAUUAAUUUACUUGAGCGUCGAUAGAAUAAAAUUCGGAAAUAAUCCAUGGGAAUGUGAUUGUGAAACCUCACAUUUAUUGGAACUUAUUCGCCUGAAUCUCAUUGAAGAUACGAACAAUUUAAUUUGUUCUAAUUCAAAUUUACAAAUUAAAACACUUUCAUUCCAAGAAUUAUGUCCAAUGAAUGUUGACGUACUAAUAACGCUAAUUGGCAUUGUUGUCGGUGUAAUUGGCCUCGUACUCGGCGCAAUUACAAUAUUCUAUCAACGUUUUCGUAAGAAAAUAAAAAUUUGGCUCUACCUGCACAGUCUUUGCUUGUCGCUCAUCACCGAGGAGGAUUUGGACAAGGAUAAAAUUUACGACGCCUUCAUCAGUUAUUCCCACAAGGACGAGGAAUUUGUCAUCAAUGAAUUAAUUGCAAAUCUUGAAAGUGGACCACGACCGUAUAAGCUUUGUAUUCACUUUAGAGAUUGGCUGGCGGGCGUUUGGAUUCCCACGCAAAUAGCGCGUUCAAUUCAAAAAUCGAGAAGAACAAUUGUCGUUGUCUCGACAAAUUUCAUUGGAAGCGAAUGGGGUCGAGUGGAAUUUCGUGCUGCUUACAAAAAAGGUUUAAGCGAAGGUAUCUCGAGAGUUAUUGUUGUACUCUACGGCGAUAUUGGACCAAUUGAUAAUUUAGAGCCGGAUUUGAAAUCAUAUUUGAAAAUGAAUACCUAUGUUCAAUGGGGUGAUCCUUGGUUUUGGGAUAAACUUCGUUAUGCAUUGCCACAUGGACACGGUAUUCCAAAAGGAGCAACGACAUCUAGUAAUAGACCACAUCCAACUGCUCAAUUGGAUUUUAAUAAAAUUGAGAGGACAAAUUACACUGAUAUUGAAUUAAUUUCAAUGGAACAACACGAAAAUAAAAAUACUCAAGAUAUAACUAAAAAUUUUCAAAUCAAAAAUUUUGGAAUAAUUUUCCAAAAGAAAAAAGAAAUUAUGCAACUAAUACAAUGGAAGAUUUAUCUGUUACUAUUAACAAUAAAAAUUUCGACCGCAUUUAUUCAACCACCAGCAGAAAUAAAUGAAGACGGAUAUCGAAUUGUCCCCGUUUAUAAAAAUACAACAGAAGUAACUGAAAAUCCAAAUUUCUCAUUUUCUAGUGACAAUUUAAUUUUAUCAAAUUACAAAAACAAAAUAACUGCAUUGCCAAAAAAUUUUCUCCAACCUUUCCCCAAUCUCAAAUUUCUCUCAUUGGGAAAUAAUAAUUUCGAGAGAUUUGCACCAAAUACAUUUGAAAAUUUAAGGCAAUUAAAAUUUCUCAACAUCUCAAGAAAUGAAUUAAUAGAAUUACCAAAGGAAAUAUUCGAUGAUUUAGAAUCAUUGAAAUUUUGCAUUCUCUCUCAUAAUAGAUUAAAGGUAUUGCCAGUGGGAAUUUUCGAUAAAAAUCCAAAUUUAUUGGUUGUCAGUAUAUCGGCAAAUAAUUUUAAAUAUCUACCCGAAGAAUUAUUUAAAAAUAAUCGACAAUUGGAAUUUGUGAGAAUUCGAUUUAAUAAUAAACUGGAAUAUUUACCGAAUCGAUUAUUUAGUGAUUUAAAAUAUCUCGUGAGAGUGAGCAUAAGUUUUUGUCGUUUAAAAAGUCUUUCGGAAAAUCUCUUUAGUGGUUCAUUCAAUUUAAGAGAUUUACGAGCACAACACAAUGAAUUGGAAACAUUGCCAGCGAAAAUAUUCAAUGAUUUGAUUUAUAUCAAAGUAAUACAAUUGGAUCAUAAUAGAAUUAAAAGUCUGCCGGACAAUAUUUUUAAAUCGUGUAUAAAUCUUCAGGAAUUGUAUCUCGUUAAUAAUGAUAUUUUAAAAAUAUCAAGAUUCACAUUCAAUGGUCUCGAGUCGUUAAAUGUAUUAGGUUUACACAACAAUAGUUUGACAACAAUUGAAGAAAAAGCAUUCACGACUUUGCCAAGUAUAAAAAAUAUUGAUCUCUCUGAAAACAAUAUUACGCAUUUUCAAGAAAUGAAAAAUGAAAAUGAGGUCACGUCUGCAUUUAGUGAAUGCAAAAAUCUCGAAAAAUUGGAUCUUUCACACAACAAAUUGUCAACAUUAUCGAGCGAGUGGAUUUUAAUUCCUGAAAUUAAAUACCUGAAUUUAUCAAAUAAUUAUCUUACAUCAUUAACGACAAACGAUUUCGAUUUAGAACACAAGCACAAUUUUGUUCUCGACGUAUCGCACAAUAAUAUAAAGGAAAUUUAUUUCACCAAUCAUGAGACUGAAUUUGAUGUGGAAAUCGGAAGGAAUAUAACAUUAUUCCUUAAUGACAAUCCACUUGAAUGUAAUGACGCAUUAUACGAUCUUUUACGAUAUUUAGAUGGAUCGAUGACUGCAAAAGUGCGUGAGAAAUUAUUUAUUGAAACUGGAACAAUGAGAUGUUCGGCACCCAAGGAAUACGAGGGUAUUCCAUUGUCGCAGAUAAAUUCCAAAGAUUAUAAAAGUAUGCCAUUGGGGGAGCAAAUUGUCAAUUAUGAAUUAUGUCCAAGGGAAUGUGAUUUGAGAAAGUGGCAUGCCAAUAAAACAUUUACCAUUGAUUGUUCGUAUAGAAAUAUUACAAAUGUGCCAAAAACAUUGUGUUACUCGGGAGAGGAGGGCUAUAAUACUGAAUUGGAUUUAACGGGAAAUUUUAUUAAGGAUUUAUCCCAAGCACCGCCAUUUGGUUAUGAGAAGAUGAGAAACAUCUUUCUGUCGCAUAAUCAAAUUUCGAAUAUUACACUGGGAAUGUUUAGCAGUCCUAAACUCAGGCUCGUGACACUCGACAACAAUCAACUAUCAUCAAUGUCAUCAGAAAUCGUGAGGCACUUUAGUUUAUCAAAAAUGACCGCAACACUUGGCCAUAAUCCCUGGAAUUGUGAUUGCGAAAAUAAUGAUUUACGAAAAGCUUCCCAGCGUCCCGUCACAUUUAUUCGCGAUUCAGAUGAAAUUCUUUGCCAAAUUUCCAAUGAGCCAAUAAAAUCAUAUCAAACCCUAUGCGUAAUCGAUACAAUUGUCAUAAUUGUUCUAAGUACAAUCGUUGCACUAUUGGGCGUAUUAUUUCCCGCCCUAUCAAUUUUCUACUGUUUCUAUAAGAAGAAAAUAAAAAUUUGGCUCUACAUACACAAUAUGUGUUUGUCCCUGGUCACUGAGGUUGAAUUGGACAAGGAUAAAGUUUACGACGCAUUCAUCAGUUAUUCCCAUAAGGACGAGGAAUUUGUCGUCAAUGAAUUAAUCACAAAUCUUGAAUCGGGACCAAGAUCAUUUAAACUCUGCGUUCAUUUUCGCGAUUGGCCAGCUGGCGGUUGGAUACCAUCGCAAAUAUCACGUUCAAUUAAACAAUCGAGACGUACAAUUUUCGUGAUAUCGACAAAUUUUAUAAACAGUGAAUGGGCAAAAAUGGAAUUUAGAGCAGCGCAUAAAAAAGCUCUCAGGGAGGGUAGAACGAGAAUUAUUGUUGUACUUUUCGGCGAUAUUGGACCAAUUGAUCAUUUAGAACCAGAUUUAAAAUCGUAUUUGAAAAUGAACACUUACGUUAAAUGGGGCGAUCCUUGGUUUUGGGAUAAACUUCUCUACGCAUUGCCACACAGAUCAGAUGUAGUAAUAGGAAACACACAAUUGUAGAAUGAGAUACAUCCAAAUUUUCUUUUUUCAUUUCAUUCAUCCAUUCAUUCCACCCUUUCAUUGCGGGGGGAGGGGUCGUGGAUCGUUUGUGCAAAAAAAAAAAUUCCACACACUUAAAAAAGGUUUCAUAUUGGAGCCUGAAAAAUUAAAAGAAAAAAACAGCCGAUUAUUUGUGAUAUCUUUUUGGAUUAGUUUAAAUAUAUAAUUUGUUAAGAAACAUUUUUCUAGAACUCUGUGAGUGUAGAAAAUAAUUUCUGUUGUGAUUAAAAAUG